AUGACGAAGGAGCGCUCGCGCAGAGGCGCAGACAGACGCACGUGGAGCCGAGCAGGAAGCAGCUGCUUCGAGCGCCAGGUUGUGAGUUUGGGAGCGUGGCUGUGCGUGGGAGGUUGGCCAAACUCCGCGUACGGAGAGGGGGAGAGAAAGGCAAUGGGCAAGAACAAGGCAAAAGGUCAAAAGCAGAAGAAUGUCUUUCAGGUGGCCAACAAAAAAAUCAUGAAGAUUAAACAUAAAGCAAAGCCAGUGACAACCAGUCUUAAAAAGAUCAACAUUGUGAAUGCUGAAAAAGUUAAUCUGGUGAAUAAGGUAUUUACAGAAGUACAGAAAGAAGUCCAGCAAUUGUCCAAAGCCCCUUCAUUAGAUUCUCCAAAGAACUGCCCGAUUCCAAAGCCCCUGGAAGGUGAACCAGCUAACGUGGAUGCUGCUGCCAACCUGCUAUCACAGUUGUAGUGCAACACAUAUGCCUACGUGCCAGCGUCGUAGCUCCUGGUACAAAGUGGGAGAAAGAAAGCUUACAGCACUGGAAGCCAGUUUGUUUCCACAAUCUCAUAAAAAUGAAAUCCAGAUUCUAUGAUGGAAUUGGGGAACACCACAAGAUGAGGCAAGCUUAAUGCAACAGAGGAAGUGUUCUAAGAAAUGAUGACCAAGACUGGGCAGUAUCCACACCUUUUGCAAAGCAGUGCUCCAUCUGCAGAACCAGGAACCCCUUCCACAAGCACUGUGAAGAGGUCUUUGGUGAGCCCAAAGCACCUUCUGUUCACUUAAGAAGUUUCCUCUGACAGGGCACUAGUCUGACUCCAUCUGUAUUGUAGCUGUGCCCAUUAAAGGACCAAACCUGUUCUCCAUCCUGAAAAAUAAUAUCUGGACUGCAAUCCUAUGCACACUUACUAGGAAGAAAGCCCACUGAACAUAGUGAAACUGACUUCUGAGUAAACAUGCACAGGAUUGGGCUGCAGCAUGUUGUAUUGUGUGUACUAGAAAGGUAGAAGCAGGUAUACUGAAUGAAGCCACAGUGAAUGAAUUUUAUAUCGGGUAAUCCACAAUGUAAAAACAGUUAUAUUCUUGGUUGCUUUGUUAAAACAAAUGCAAGGAGAUACGCAUUUAGCAAAUAAAAUAGUUUGAGAGUGCUGUUCUGUAAGAUCAACUUUGAUUCCCUUGAUCAGGAUUCCACUCAAUAGGCAUGAGAAGGAACAUAAAUAGAACCUUUAUCUUCAGCAUUUAUAUCCUACCUUUCUAACACACACACACAGCAAACAAAUAUUUAACACAAUACAUUAAGAGAUUACAAAUCAGCAGCAGUCAGAGAUCAAGUUAACAUAACGAUGCCUAAAGAAGUCUGCUGGGAAAUAUUUCGGAUGUUUAUCAAAAGGCAAGCAGUGAAGGGCCAGGCAAUCUGCUUUUGGCAGGACACUCCAUUGAUUACCUUCUGCUUCUUAAUCAUAACUGAAUUAUUAUAAGACCAAAUAAUUACAAGAGCCUUAUUCAGAUGGGAGCAUCAUGCUUGUGAAUAUGAAAGUGAAGCUUUGGGCUGGAAAUCAUACUACAGCAUCGUUUCUUGGUGGUGGCACUAUAUACUGGGUUUUAAAUGUUUUUAAUCUUUUAAAUGAUUUUAAUUGUUAAUUGAUUUAAUGUUUUGAAUGAUUUUAAUUGUAAACCGCCCAGAGAUGCAAGUUUUGGGUGGUAUAGAAAUAUUUUAAAUAAAUAAAUAUAAUCUAGGGUGGCUUAUUUUAGGGUGCAGAUCUUCCAGAUCCAUGUGAAUGUACAUACUGGUUGGGGAGAGUCAUUUCCGAUAGCAGCUUCCACUAAAGAGAUAGCUUUGAGCCAGACUUGAUGAUAGCACAUAUCUUAAGGGAGAGUCUUUUAGUGGCAGCAGUAUAUGAUUUGGCAGAGUUUGGCAGAGAUUGUGUGUUGAUUUAGGAGCACCAUAUUGCACAAAAACAAAGCUCUGGAUCAGACACUGUACUACGGCAUCUCAUUGUGGACAUACACUCCUGCCAUUAGGAGACUGGCUGAGGUAGCUCAAAGCUUGUUUCAGGAUGCGUAGGUGUGCAAGCUUCAGUUCCUUAUUCAGGUUGCUUAAUGCAGCUGGAGUGAAUAAGAAAAUGGAAACCCGAAACCAACUUCAGUGGCCAAACAUCCUAACAAAGCGCUGGUGCUGGGUGAGAUGAAGUUCUAGACUUCUGCAGCACAGGGGUGUGUGUGCGCACAUGCACACCUCCUGGAAGUUGUCUUGUCACCAGAAAAUAUGUCCCUGAGGAUUGUGCAAUCCUCAGGGACAUAUUUUCCAUUGAGACUGCACUUCUGGGGCAAGGGUGUCAAAAUUCACCCCCUUCCCCACUACUGAUUCAAUAUCUGAAGGGGUGGCGGAGAAGAAGAGUCUAUGCCCAGAGAGUGUGAAACCAAUACUUAAAUUUGGAUGCUAUAGGUGGUUGCUUGUAUUGCAUUAGGGGUACUUUUAGUUGGCUAAUCUGUUUUCUGCUUCCAUUCUUUACUAAAUUAGAAUACAAUCCUGCACCUAUGUAAAUAAAUGUAUAUCUUAUUGCUUCUGAAUAGUAUUACAUGCUGUUAUUUGUACAGCAGGUAGUUCCAGCAUCAAGUCAUAGUAAUACUACAGCAACCACCAUUGUAAGACGGGACACACACACACACAGUUUGGCAGAUCUUAAGGGAGAUGGGGCCACAGUAUAUACAAAAGCAGUUUGGACUCUACUGGGUCUUGGUUAAAACUGUGGUGAUGUGUGAAAAGCUUGCACGAGAUUUCCGUGUCUACCACUCCCUUGUUUGUUGUUUCCCAAGAGUCUUACACAAAAGUAAAUAAAAUAGCUAUUUCCAACAUAUGACCCUCACACAAUUCCUUCACCUUCAGUCCUUUCUAGCUGGCAUCCCCCCACUGUUCCCUCUAAGAGAGAUUCUCAGAUGUUGACCACAACUCCCAGAAUCCCCAGCUGAAAUGGCUUUUGAUUGGAGAUUGUGGGAGUUGUAGUCAACCACAUCUGGGAAUCUCUCUUGGAAGGAACACUGGUCCCCCACCCCCCAGUAUUGUUUUCAAUGAAUGUCGGUGGGGGGGUGGGGAGGAUGUUACUUUUUCUCUGAGAUUAGGAAAGCAUAGAAUAGAAAUGGCAAGAAACGCCCACCUCCUAAUCAACCAGGAAAAGCAUGAAAUCUUGCCAAUUGAAUUACCAUCCAAAGCAGUAACGAAGGAAUGGAUGGCUGGAAAGGAUUCUGGGGUUGCUAUUAGACUGCUACUUGUCUGUAAUUGUAACAUGUGAACCCAAGAUAGUACACAUCUUCAAAACAACAGAAAUAUGAGAAGCUUACCAUCAGAGGACAUCAAUUCAUCAAUGAUAUCACUGUUAAUUAUGCCUAAGAACACAAAAACACUUGUGACUAUUUGCCUAAGUAAUUACAUUGUCAGCUACCAACUGGAACAGCGUUACAAGGCUCUCAUUCUUCUAACUAGCACUGGCAGUUUGUCAAGUAAACAGGUAACCUAGUUAAAGUUAUUUACAUUAUUUGUAAUGGUAUCCUGGGCUUCCAACAUGUCAUGAAAGUGAAUAAAUACCACAGUGAAACAAAAA